UGUCCGUGUGUCUGAGGGAGAGAGAGCGAGAGUCAGUGAGUGUGAGUGCGGGUUAGGGUGGUGGCCGUUACGUUCGGGGCAACGGCUAAGGCUGUGGAGAAGUAAGAAGAGAAACAACGUCCGGCGCUUCCGCCUUCGCUUAGGAGGAGGAGGAGCUGGUAGGAAAAGGAAAGUGAUUCGCCCUGGGCCUGGACUAGACCGAGUCAGGCCGGUGGGGGUCUGGGCUAUGAGCCUUUGAGGGUCGCUUGGGACGCGGAGCGAGACACGAGAGCCGACAGCUAUGUCUCAGCCGCCGCCGCCGCCUCCGCUGCCGCCGCCACCUCCUCCCCCUGAGGCUCCGCAGACUCCGCCGUCCCUCGCGGCGGCUGCGGCGGCUGCUCCGGGGAGCCUUUCGAAGCGGAGAGACCGGAGAAUCCUCUCCGGGAGCUGCCCGGAUCCGAAGUGCCAGGCGCGCCUGUUCUUCCCGGCCUCCGGUUCUGUCAGCAUCGAGUGUACUGAGUGCGGACAGCGGCACGAGCAGCAGCAGCUGCUGGGGGUUGAGGAGGUGACGGACCCGGACGUAGUGCUACACAACCUGCUGCGGAACGCGCUGCUGGGAGUGACAGGGGCACCCAAGAAGAACACGGAACUGGUAAAGGUGAUGGGCCUUUCCAACUACCACUGCAAAUUGUUGUCGCCCAUAUUAGCUCGCUAUGGAAUGGACAAACAGACGGGCCGGGCUAAGCUUCUCCGGGACAUGAACCAGGGCGAACUGUUCGAUUGUGCUUUACUGGGAGACCGCGCCUUCCUUAUCGAACCAGAGCAUGUUAACACGGUGGGCUAUGGCAAGGACCGCUCCGGAAGCCUCCUAUAUUUGCAUGACACUCUUGAAGACAUCAAGCGGGCCAAUAAAAGUCAGGAAUGCCUCAUUCCAGUGCAUGUGGACGGGGAUGGACACUGCCUGGUCCAUGCUGUGUCCCGGGCUCUAGUAGGCCGGGAGCUCUUCUGGCAUGCCUUGAGAGAGAAUCUGAAACAGCACUUUCAGCAGCACCUGGCCCGAUAUCAAGCCCUGUUCCAUGACUUCAUUGAUGCCGCUGAGUGGGAGGACAUUAUCAAUGAGUGUGACCCUCUGUUUGUACCACCUGAGGGUGUUCCAUUGGGCCUGAGGAACAUCCACAUAUUUGGCCUUGCCAAUGUGUUACAUCGCCCUAUUAUUCUGUUAGAUUCUCUCAGUGGGAUGAGAAGCUCUGGUGAUUAUUCAGCCACCUUUCUGCCUGGGCUCAUCCCUGCAGAGAAGUGUACUGGGAGAGAUGGUCACUUGAACAAACCAAUCUGUAUUGCAUGGAGUAGCUCUGGUAGAAACCAUUAUAUCCCCUUGGUAGGCAUCAAAGGGGCUGCUUUGCCCAAACUGCCUAUGAAUUUGCUUCCUAAAGCAUGGGGUGUGCCUCAGGACCUUAUUAAAAAGUACAUCAAACUUGAGGAGGAUGGUGGUUGUGUUAUUGGAGGAGACAGAAGUCUGCAGGAUAAAUACUUACUUAGACUUGUUGCUGCUAUGGAAGAAGUGUUUAUGGACAAACAUGGUAUCCAUCCUAGUUUGGUUGCUGAUGUCCAUCAGUAUUUCUACAGGAGGACUGGGGUGAUUGGAGUUCAGCCUGAAGAAGUCACAGCAGCUGCUAAAAAAGCAGUAAUGGAUAAUCGACUUCACAAAUGUUUGCUCUGUGGUGCCCUUUCUGAACUUCAUGUUCCUCCAGAGUGGCUGGCUCCAGGAGGGAAACUGUAUAACCUGGCAAAAAGUACUCAUGGACAGCUGAGGCCUGACAAAAAUUAUAGCUUUCCCUUAAACAAUUUGGUUUGCUCAUAUGAUUCAGUGAAAGAUGUUCUGGUACCAGAUUACGGAUUGAGUAACUUAACAGCUUGUAAUUGGUGCCAUGGCACAUCUGUGCGAAGAGUCAGAGGAGAUGGCUCUAUUGUGUAUUUGGAUGGAGACAGAACUAAUUCUAGGUCCACUGGUGGCAAAUGUGGUUGUGGAUUCAAGCAUUUUUGGGAUGGUAAAGAAUAUGACAAUCUACCAGAAGCUUUUCCUAUUACUUUGGAAUGGGGUGGCAGAGUAGUCAGAGAAACAGUAUAUUGGUUCCAGUAUGAAAGUGAUCCAUCUUUGAAUAGUAAUGUUUAUGAUGUUGCAAUGAAACUUGUUACCAAGCACUUUCCAGGUGAAUUUGGGAGUGAAAUCUUAGUUCAGAAAGUUGUCCACACUAUAUUGCAUCAGACUGCCAAGAAGAAUCCUGAUGAUUAUACUCCUGUAAAUAUAGAUGGUGCUCAUGCCCAAAGAGUGGGAGAUGUACAAGGACAAGAGUCGGAGUCUCAGCUCCCAACCAAAAUCAUUCUUACUGGACAGAAAACAAAAACUCUGCACAAAGAAGAGUUAAACAUGAGUAAAACUGAAAGAACUAUUCAACAGAAUAUUACGGAACAGGCUUCUGCAAUGCAGAAACGGAAAACAGAGAAGUUAAAACAAGAACAAAAAGGACAGGCCAGGACUGUUUCUCCCAGUGCCAUUCGUGAUGGUCCAUCCUCUGCACCUGCUACCCCUACCAAGGCUCCCUAUUCACCAACAACUUCUAAGGAAAAGAAGAUCCGAAUAACAACUAAUGAUGGGCGACAGUCCAUGGUUACUCUUAAGUCUUCAACAACCUUUUUUGAACUUCAGGAAAGCAUAGCCAGAGAAUUCAGCAUUCCUCCAUAUUUACAGUGUAUUCGAUAUGGCUUUCCUCCUAAAGAGUUAAUGCCACCCCAGGCAGGAAUGGAAAAGGAGCCAGUUCCUUUACAGCAUGGUGACAGAAUUACAAUAGAGAUUCUAAAAAGUAAAGCAGAAGGUGGUCAGUCUGCUACAGCACACUCAGCCCACACUGUGAAACAAGAAGAGAUUGCUGUUUCUGGUAAACUGUCAUCUAAGGAACUUCAGGAGCCAGCUGACAAAGAAAUGUACUCCUUGUGUCUUUUAGCAACGUUAAUGGGAGAAGAUGUAUGGUCUUAUGCAAAGGGGCUUCCUCACAUGUUCCAGCAAGGUGGCGUAUUCUACAAUAUUAUGAAGAAAACCAUGGGUAUGGCUGAUGGCCAGCAUUGUACUUUUCCACAUCUGCCUGGCAAAACCUUUGUCUAUAAUGCUUCUGAAGAUAGACUGGAGUUGUGUGUGGAUGCUGCAGGACAUUUCCCCAUCGGUCCUGAUGUUGAAGACUUAGUUAAAGAGGCUGUAAGUCAGGUUCGAGCUGAGGCUACUACAAGAAGUAGGGAGUCAAGUCCCUCACAUGGGGUACUGAAACUAGGUAGUGGUGGAGUAGUGAAAAAGAAAUCUGAGCAACUCCAUAAUGUAACUGCCUUUCAGGGAAAAGGGCAUUCUCUAGGAACUGCAUCCAGUAACCCACACCUGGAUCCAAGAGCUAGGGAAACCCCAGCUGUAAGGAAGCAUAACACAGGGACAGACUUUAGUACUAGUUCCACUAAACCAGAGCCUUCUGUAUUCACAGCUGCUCCUAGUAACAGUGAGCUUAUUCGAAUAGCUCCUGGAGUAGUUACAAUGAGAGACAGCAGGCAGCUUGAUCCUGAUUUGGUUGAGGCCCAGCGAAAAAAAUUGCAGGAAAUGGUUUCUUCUAUUCAGGCUUCAAUGGACAAGCACUUGCGGGAUCAAAGUACAGAGCAGUCACCAUCUGAUCUUCCUCAAAGAAAGGGAGAAGUUGUGAGUUCUGUGAAGUCUGGGACUCUUCAGACUGGCUUAGCUGAAUCUUUUUCUUUAACUGGUGGCACUGAAAAUUUGAAUACAGAAACAACUGAUAGCUGUGUGGCAGAGGCACUGGGAGCAGCAUUUGCCACAAGGUCAAAAGUACAAAAGGGAAAUUCCGUGGAGGAGCCUGAAGAGAUGGAUAGUCAAGAUGCUGAGAUGACAAACACAACUGAGCCAAUGGAUCACUCUUGAUUGAAUUAGAGGCUAAUAAAGGCAGAAUGUUUAUUGUGAAUAUGUAAUAUUUGUUGGCUGGGCCACAUAACUUGAUUAGUCAUUAAAAAUCUUGUACGUAUAUAAUUCAAAGAUUAUAUCUUGUUAUUCAGUGCAUGACAGCAAGUGUGUGAUUGGCAAUAGCUUUUAAUAUACUGCUGCCCAGCCUGGCUCUGAAUUCCUAUAAAUUAGUUACUAGAUCUGCUGAGAUGAGUUUCUUCCAUAUAUGUGGUUAAUUGGAAGUUCAUGUAAUUUUAAUUUCAUGAAAGUCUUAAUGUUUCAAACACGAAAAUUCUCUUGCUAAAUAUGUUUGAUUUCUGAAAAGGCUAGAACUGGAAGGGAAUGAGAUUUUGCUACUGUUGAUGUCAUCAAGGUAACCACCCCACAUAUUUACUAGAAUGUCAAAGAUAUAUGUAAAUUUGAAGGUUAUCUGAACUAAAUUAUAUCUUAAAAUUCAUAAAAGGAUUUAUUAGACACUGGUAUCCUGACAUUUCUGUGAAUGUAAACACAUUCAUAGAGAUACAUAUUCUUGGUGAAAAUAAUCUUGAGAAUAGAGUGUAAUGAUAAAAUAUUUUGCUGAUAUGAGCAAGAUUAAGGGUAAAAUAUCUAUUCUAGAAUGAUAAAGUCAAUGUGAUUCAGUAAUGUUGCCAUCUGAGCCAACAUAGCCAAUUGUGUGCUCUGUUGUUGAUAAUAUGUUACCAUUAUUUUUUUAAUCCUGGCCUGGUCAAGUACCACUGAGUUGUUUUUUAGUUUGUUUAUUUUGUUUUUUUCCUUUAAUCUUGCAGAAGAAAAGUUGAUUGCAAAGCGUGGUAGAAAAUACAAAAAUAAUGGUAGCAGUAGUUAAUCUCUAAUUUUGAGUUUGUCUGAUUCACAGAAAAUAUAUAAAUAAGAAUUUAUCUUUAUGAAUGAGUUACAUUGUUCCACGAUUUUGAUCAAUGGUAUUUAAGCUUGUACAUGCUAAGUGUCUUUGACCCCCUUUGAACCAAAACUAUUUCCUUUUUUCUUUGAGUCCAUAAGGUUUUCUUUAUUUGUUGGCUUCACUUGGAUUUGGAUGCAAAUUUUACUGCAUCAUACCCUGAUUAACGGGGCAUUUGCUUAAAUAGUGUAUUCAUCAAAUCUUUAGUGCCAGUAUCCUCAAGCAGCAGCUUUCAUGCUUAUUCCUUAAAGACAAAGAAUGUUUAGCCUGAGAUUGGUAUUUGCACUAUUUUAUCCUAUUCUGCAAAUCUGUAUUCUGAAAUGUACAUUUCAAUCCAUCUUUUUCCUCUGUUCACUGAAAUUAAGUUGAAUUUGAAUGGAUGAAAGACAAAAUAUAUGUUAAUACACUCUCUUA